AUGGCGGUGAUGCGGCACGGCACGGUGCAGCUCAUCGCCAACGAGCAGGGCUCGCGCUCGACGCCGACGACCGUGGCCUUCGCCGACGGCGAAACGCUGCUCGGGGAGGCGGCGGCCGCACAGGCAGCACGCAACCCAAAGCUGACGAUGAGCGACUUGCUGCUGAUGCUCGGCCGCGACUUCGACGACCCGGUCGUGCAGGCCGCGCGCUCUCGCUGGGGCUUCCUCACGUCUGCCGCCGAGAAGGACGGCGCAGUCUCGGUGGCGGUGCCGGGUGGCAAGACGCACACGGCGGUGCGGCUGCUCUCAUUGGUUGUGGGUGGGCUGCGCGGCGCGGCGGACUCGUUUUGCGGCGCGCCGGUGCGCGAGGUUGUCCUCGCCACGCCGGCGCACCUCGCUCCCUCGCGCGCCGACGCGCUGCUCGAGGCGGCGCGGGGCGGCGGCAUGCGGGUCAAGCUGGCGCUGCCCUCGCCGCUCGCUGUCGCC